GCGGGGCCGCGUGCGCGCGUGCGCAGUGAAGCCGCCGCCGUCGUGCGGCGAGCUGAGGAGCCGGCGGCGCGGCGAGCAUGUGAGAUGGCAAAUAUGUUAGCAGGAACCCCUCACAGAGGGGGCUAGAGGAUUUAGCCACUCUUUGUUCCUUCCUGGUGGCCCGGGACCCUCAUCCUGGGCACAGCGGGCACUAUGGACUCCUUGGGAUACAACUGCUUUGUGGACAGAGACAAGAUGGGUGCUGCCAUCCAGGACCUGGGACCGAAGGAGCUAAACUGCACUGAGCUACAGGAGCUGAAACAGCUGGCACGCCAGGGCUACUGGGCUCACAGUCAUGCCCUGCGAGGGAAGGUGUACCAGCACCUGAUCCAGGACAUCCCCUGCCGCACAGUUACACCCGACGCCAGUGUGUACAAUGACAUGGUGGGCAAGAUUGUGGGCAAGCACAGCACCAGCAGCCUGCCCUUGCCUGAGUUUGUGGACAACACCCAAGUGCCCAGCUACUGUCUAAACGCCCAAGGGGAAGGAGCUGUGCGCAAGAUACUCCUGUGCAUUGCCAACCAGUUUCCUGACGUCUCCUUCUGCCCUGCCCUGCCAGCUGUGGUGGCCCUGCUGCUCCACUACAGCAUCGACGAAGCUGAGUGCUUCGAGAAGGCUUGCCGAAUCCUGGCCUGCAAUGACCCUGGCAGGAAGCUGAUUGACCAGAGCUUCCUGGCCUUUGAGUCCUCUUGCAUGACAUUUGGGGACCUGGUGAACAAAUACUGCCAGGCAGCCCACAAGCUGAUGGUGGCCGUGUCAGAGGAUGUCCUGCAGGUCUAUGCAGACUGGCAGCGCUGGCUUUUUGGGGAGUUGCCCCUCAGCCACUUUGCCCGCGUCUUUGACGUCUUCCUAGUGGAAGGUUACAAGGUGUUGUACCGUGUCGCCCUGGCAAUCCUCAAGUUCUUCCACAAGGUGAGAGCAGGGCAGCCACUUGAGUCUGACAAUGUGAAGCAGGAGAUCCGCGAGUUUGUCAAGGACAUUGCCAAGACCGUGUCCCCUGAGAAGCUGCUAGAGAAAGCGUUUGCCAUCCGCCUCUUCUCCCGCAAGGAGAUCCAGCUGCUGCAGAUGGCCAAUGAGAAAGCACUGAAGCAGAGGGGCAUCACUGUCAAGCAGAAGAGUGUUUCACUUUCUAAAAGGCAGUUUGUGCACUUGGCUGUCCACCCAGAGAAUUUCCACUCAGAGAUCGUCAGCGUGAAGGAAAUGAGAGAUAUCUGGUCCUGGGUCCCUGAGCGGUUCGCCCUCUGCCAGCCUCUCCUUCUGUUCUCCUCGCUGCAGCAUGGGUACAGCCUGACGAGGUUCUACUUCCAGUGUGAAGGACAUGAGCCCACCCUCCUGCUCAUCAAGACCACACAGAAGGAGGUGUGUGGAGCCUACCUGUCAACAGACUGGAGUGAGAGAAAUAAGUUUGGAGGCAAGCUGGGCUUCUUUGGGACCGGAGAAUGCUUUGUGUUUAGGCUGCAGCCUGAGGUGCAGCGCUACGAAUGGGUGGUCAUCAGGCACCCAGAGCUGACCAAGCCGACAUCCCUCAUGUCCUCAGAGACCAACAUCUCUUCCACGCCACUCAGCCACUCCUCAGACCCCGCUGACCGCCUCUCACCAUUCCUGGCUGCUCGGCACUUCAACUUGCCCUCUAAGACUGAGUCUAUGUUCAUGGCAGGGGGCAAUGACUGCCUCAUCAUUGGGGGAGGUGGUGGCCAGGCACUUUACAUCGAUGGGGACCUGAACCGGGGCCGAACGGGCCACUGCGACACCUUCAACAACCAGCCCCUCUGCUCGGAGAACUUCCUGAUUGCUGUCAUCGAGGCCUGGGGCUUCCAAGACCCUGAUGCUCAGUGACAGGCCUACACCGAUGAGCCUGAAGCUCUUGCUGGCCUCGCUGCAUGUUCACACCUGGAGAGGUGUCCAGGGAGGGCCCUUAUGAAAGACCCAGACCAACCUGCUAUACCGCCAGGGGCCUGCCCACUAGGACUUCCUAGCCAUCCUCCUUUCUAGCCCUAUAGCCUCCCUGAUCCCCCUGUAGCCUCUGUCACUGCAGUGACCAAGACCCAGGCUUCUGUUCACAACAGUCAGCAUGGCAUGCUGUCUCAGACCACUCCCCCUUUUCUUCACCAGGCCCUGGUGUCCUCCCCAGGGCUCACAGCACCUUCCUGGCCACCCUGCAUGGAUGCACAUCUUCCCUCUGUCCUUCUGGUGGCUCUGUGGCCAGACACAGGUCAGAGUGUUCUGCCACCUGUUUCGUUACAGCUUCUGGGGGCCUGAGUCCCUACACUGCCAAGACCUUGUGCAGGCUAUAAGUGCACAGGAGGUGCCAGGGAGGACUUGUGCCAGGUACUACAGGGAGAAGCCCCAUGACCUCAUGACCUGUCUGCAGCUAGGGUCUGGGCACCACAGAGGGAAAAGAGAAGCAGGGGCCCAACUGGUUGUGCCAGGGCAAUGAAGGCCUGGGUCACAGGUACAGAUGCCAGGAAUCCUGUCCUACCCCCAUCCUCCAGUGGCUCCAGCCAGCACCACUUGGGGUCCCUGUGCCCAUCUCCACAUUUUGUUUUUCUUCCUGUUGGGGGGUCAUCCUCCUUUGCCCAUUUACUUGCAUCACCACUGAAUGGAGUCACAGUGGAACAGGAAGAAGAACCAGGAACACUGUGGCUCUGGGCAAGCUGAUAAGCCUGCCUGGAACUCAGUUUCCCUAACUGUGAAGUGGACCUGUCAUCACCUGCCUUGCUGUCCUCCUAGAAGGAAAAAGGUGGGACCCCUUUUUCCUACAGACUGAUGUAGCCCUCCCCCCACCCAUCCCAUGCCUCACAGCUGUGGUCUAUAUGGCCAACUAAGGUGUUCAUUAAACACAAUCUUGUUGCAUUGACCCAAGGAUCCAAGUCUGGUCUCUUCAGCCAGAGCGGCCCCCAAGGACCUCCCUGGGGCCUGUAGCCACACAGACACCCUUCUACAAACACAGCCUGACUGUAUGCUUCCCACUGCAGACUUCUGGGUUGGGAAGUUGAUUUUCUGGUGAGAAAGUCUAGCAGGUUCUGUAUGUCUGCCUCAGAAAGCCAGACCAGGAGAUCAAUGCCACUUAGUCACAGUUCUACAUCAUGAGCAAAGCUCUUUGCUUUGUGUGUGCGUACAUAAUACUCAUUUUCUUUAAGUUUAAUAUAUUUUCCUAACUUUUCUACUAACCUAGAAGGUAUGUAUGAUUUAUUUUUUAAUUUUUUAAUUUUUUUUUUUGUAGAGACAGCCUUACUUUAUCACGCUCGGUAGAGUGCCGUGGCAUCACACAGCCCACAGCAACCUCCAACUCCUGGGCUUAGGCAAUUCUUUUGCCACAGCCUCCCGAGUAGCUGGGACUACAGGCGCCCGCCACAACGCCCAGCUAUUUUUUUUGUUGUUGCAGUUUGGCUAUGGCUGAGUUUGAACCCACCCCCAUCGGUAUAUGGGGCCAGCGCCCUGCUCACUGAGCCACAGGCACCACCCUAUUACCUCUAUUUUUUAUUCUCUUUUUUAUUUUUUAUUUUUGAGACCGAGUGUCAAUCUGUCACCCUGGGUAGAGUGUCGUGGCAUCAUAGCUCACAGCAACCUCUGACUCAGGUUGGUCUCUUAACUCCUGAGUUCAAGCAAUCACCUGCCUUAGCUCUCAGAGUGCUAGGAUUACAGGCAUGAGCCAGUGUGCCCCAGCCUAUUUCUUCUUUCUUUUCUUUCUUUUUUUUUUUUUUUUUUUUUUGCAGUUUCUGGCCAGGGCUGGGUUUGAACCCACCCCCUCCGGCAUAUGAGGCCGCCGCCCUACUCCUUUAAGCCACAGGCGCUGCCCUAUUUCUUCUUGAUUAUUUGUCAGUUAGUUUUUUUGUGUGUGUGUGUGUGUGUGUGUGGUUUUUGGCCAGGGCUGGGUUUGAACCUGCCACCUCCAGCAUAUGGGACCAGCACCCUACCUCUUUGAGCCACAGGCGCUGCCCUAUGUCAGUUUUGAUGUUAAAAAUAAGCCAAAAUUUGGUAGAAUUGCUUAAUGAGUUGUAUUUUCAACAUUGUUUUAAUCAUUUUAAUAGACCACUUUGCACUGAAUAAACAUUUUUAAAACAACAAAAUUGAACCCAAUUUAAACCAGUUUGUUAAAUAAAAUGUAUGCUUCUAGGGUGUCAGAAAAAUAAUGUUUUAAAAACUUUAUAAUAUGAAAGGAGAUCAUUUAUACUUUAUAUGUCAGAGUUUUAGUUGAACUAAAAUAUUUCAAUUUUUCUAUUCUUGUAAGCUACAUGCUUAAUUUUUUUGAGUUUUUCAGUGCAAUUUAUUUUAGAACAUUCUGACAAUUUCAGAAGACCUUCAAACUUAUUUCUCGAAUCCGUAAGGCCUUUGCAGUCUGCUUAAGUAUUUUCUAUUUAAUAAUUUAGUUUUUUUAACUUUUUAUUUUGAAGUAAUUUUUAGUUUGAGGAAGAGUUGUAGGGAUGGCGCAGUUACCAUUUGCCCUCACCCAUCUUCCCUUAAUGUUAAUAUUGAAAUAAUGUCGAUGAAAUGCUAUUAACUAAACCAUAGAUACUAUUCAGAUUGCCUCGGUUUUUUUAUUCUCCAGGAAUAGAUAAAAUUUUUUUUUUUCUUUUUGAAACAAAGCCUCAAGCUGUCGCCCUGAGUAGAAUGCCGUGGCAUUACAGCUCACAGCAACCUCCAACUCCUGGGCUUAAGCUAUUCUAGCUAUUCUCUUGCCUUAGCCUCCCUAGUAGCUGGGCCUACAGGCGCUUGCCACAACGCCUGGCUAUUUUUUGAUUGUA